AUGGAGCAGCCCAUCGAUGAAAUAAAGCAAAAAGCUGAGCUCCAGGAAUAUGCUGAGAAUGCCAAUUCACCAGAGGCAAUCGAAUUUGCGGCAAAAGAAGCCAAGUUGCGGCGCAAGCUUGAUCUUUACAUUGCGCCGGUGAUGAUGAUCCUCAUGCUCAUCAGCUACCUUGAUCGUGGAAAUAUCGGUUUCGCUGCGACACAAGGCAUGACUGACGAUAUCGGUCUGAAGGGGAACCAGCUCAACGCAAAAACCGCCGUCUCGAUAUUCUACUGUACAUACGUGGUGGCAGAAUUGCCGACGUCACUAUAUGUCAAGCGGUUGCAAUUCCACCGAGUCAUCCCUAUCAUCACUUUUUGCUGGGGACUUGUUUGUAUGUGCAUGGGUUUCAUCCAGAACUUCGCCGGCCUUUGCGUCUGCAGAGUUCUGCUAGGCUGGUUUGAAGGGUGUCUGUUCCCUUCUAUGACUUUGUUCUUGGCGAACUGGUAUAGGAGAGAAGAAUUGGCUCAGAGAAUCUCUUAUCUCUUCAUUGCGUCUGCCCUAUCCGGCGCUUUCGGCGGGCUCAUCGCCUUUGGAAUCCUUUACAUGGAUGGAGUUGCCAAUUAUCCAGGUUGGCGAUGGCUGUACAUCCUGGAAGGACUCAUUACUCUCGUGUGGGCGGCUAUGUGCUUCUACCUUGUUCCCAAAAACUAUCAGACGGCGUACUUCCUCAACGACGAGGACAAAAAGAUCAUGGCUGUCCGCGCUGAGUUGUCCGAGUCCUACUCUGGAGGUGACGGCCACUACAAGAUGUCUGACCUCAAGCUUGCUUGGAAGGACACCAAGACGUGGUUGCACGGGGUUAGCCAGAUCGCCGUGGUGACCAUCCUCUACGGCUUCGGGACCUUCCUGCCCAUCAUUAUCAAAAACGGGUUACACUACACAACCAAGCAAGCGCAAUAUCUUGUGAUCCCCGUCAACAUCUGGGGCGCGAUUGUUUACGCUAUCGGAGCCGUGAUCUCGGACAAAUACAACAAACGGUUCGUGAUCAUGGUCGUCUGUGCUCCCAUUGGAAUUGCAGGAUAUGCCAUCCUUCUGAAGAUGGAAAAUGUGUCAGUUGGAGUGCAAUACUUUGCGACUUAUCUGAUCGCCACGGCCUGCUUCCUUUGCACCGGCGGUAACAUUGCCUGGCUAUCCGGGAAUGUCGCACCCGAUGGCAAGAGGGCCGCCAGCUUGGGGACCCAACUCACACUCACCAAUCUGGGUGGUAUCAUUUCUGGCCAAAUCUAUGCCUCGACCGAUGCGCCACGUUUCGUGCUGGGCCACUCCUGGUCGCUGGGAAGCUUGGCCUUCGCAUUCAUCAUCUUCUUCAUUCUCCGAGUCCUCUACCAGAAACGUGAAAACAAGAAAGCCGAGCUUCGUGCCCAGGGUGUGGUUACUCCGCAGGGAGAGUUCACCGACCGGUCACCAGAGUUCAAAUAUCAGUUCUAG